GAAAACCCCAGCCAGCCCCCAAUGACUGUUUGAUUAUUUUAAUAAAACUGAGCAUUGCCUGUAUACACAUCCAGCCAGGGAGGUCUGGUGGCCCUGGGGGUGGGGUGGGGGCCAAUGGCGAGUUCUCGGCAUCUUUGAUCUCAGGCCCCCAUCCCAACCCACCUUCACCCUGCCUUCACCCCGCAGUCACUGGGAGUCUGGGUGAUGAGUGGGGAGGGGGAGAGAUGUCAGGGCGGCUAGCGGCGGCCGGCUGGGCCAGGCGGGGUCAUGUAGCUCUCCCUCUUGAGGUCAGCGUUGGAGACAGAGCCCGGGCCAGGCUGCAGAGGGGGUGUCCUGCGUUCAGACUCCGCUCUCUGCACAGCCCGCGUCGCCCGCCGAGAUUGCUUCCCGGGGCAGAAGCCGACCGCUUUCUGCGAUGAUUUGUGCAGGAUUUUUUGCAGCCACCGAGCCGCACUCAGAGCAGCAAAGAUGGAUGGACUCUGGGAAGGGGUUGGAGGGGAGGGGGUGAUCUGGAGGUCUGAGUUUGAGAGUCGUGUUGUGAUGCAGCAGUAGCCGCUAGUCCGGGCACGCAGUACCGCGCAUAAACCCGGAGCCACCAUGCCGGCGCCCCCGCCUCGCCGCCGGCUUCCCUGCUAGGAGCACCAGGGAUGUGGUGAAUGCACCGGCUUCACCCAGCGAGUGCAGGACCCCGCGCGGUCACAGGGCCCCGGGCACACCAUGGCGGACGCAGAGGAGGGCUUUGGCCUAGCGCACACUCCCCUGGAACCUGACUCGAAGGAUCUACCCUGCGACUCGAAGCCCGAGAGCGCGCUAGGGGCCCCCAGCAAGUCCCCUUCGUCCCCGCAGGCCGCCUUCACCCAGCAGGGCAUGGAAGGGAUCAAGGUGUUUCUUCAUGAACGAGAACUGUGGCUGAAAUUCCAUGAAGUGGGCACGGAAAUGAUCAUAACUAAGGCUGGAAGGCGGAUGUUCCCCAGCUACAAAGUGAAGGUGACGGGCCUCAAUCCCAAAACGAAGUACAUUCUCCUCAUGGACAUCGUCCCCGCCGACGACCACAGAUACAAGUUUGCAGAUAAUAAAUGGUCCGUGACGGGGAAAGCGGAGCCGGCCAUGCCGGGCCGGCUGUACGUGCACCCGGACUCGCCGGCCACGGGGGCGCACUGGAUGCGGCAGCUCGUGUCCUUCCAGAAACUCAAGCUCACCAACAACCACCUGGACCCGUUCGGGCAUAUUAUUCUAAAUUCCAUGCACAAAUACCAGCCCAGAUUACACAUCGUGAAAGCGGACGAAAAUAAUGGAUUUGGCUCAAAAAACACUGCCUUCUGCACCCACGUCUUUCCUGAGACGGCCUUUAUCGCGGUGACUUCCUACCAGAAUCACAAGAUCACCCAGUUGAAGAUUGAGAAUAACCCGUUUGCCAAAGGAUUCCGGGGCAGCGAUGACAUGGAACUCCACAGAAUGUCAAGGAUGCAAAGUAAAGAGUAUCCGGUGGUUCCUAGGAGCACGGUGAGACAAAAAGUGGCUUCCAACCACAGCCCUUUCAGCAGUGAGCCUCGAGCUCUCUCCACCUCAUCCAACUUGGGGUCCCAGUACCAGUGUGAGAAUGGUGUGUCCGGACCCUCCCAGGACCUCCUGCCCCCGCCCAACCCGUACCCGCUGCCCCAGGAGCACGGCCAGAUCUACCACUGCACCAAGAGGAAAGCAGAUGAAGAGUGCUCCACCGCAGACCACCCCUACAAGAAGCCCUACAUGGACACCUCGCCCAGCGAAGAGGACCCGUUCUACCGCCCCAGCUACCCCCAGCAGCAGGGCCUGAGCGCCUCCUACCGGACAGAGUCGGCCCAGCGGCAGGCCUGCAUGUACGCCAGCUCCGCGCCGCCCAGCGAGCCGGUGCCCAGCCUGGAGGACAUCAGCUGCAACACGUGGCCCAGCAUGCCCUCCUACAGCAGCUGCACGGUGACCACCGUGCAACCCAUGGACAGGCUGCCCUACCAGCACUUCUCCGCCCACUUCACCUCGGGGCCCCUGGUCCCCCGGCUGGCCGGCAUCGCCAACCACGGCUCCCCGCAGCUCGGAGAGGGCAUGUUCCAGCACCAGACCUCCGUGGCCCACCAGCCUGUGGUCAGGCAGUGUGGGCCUCAGACUGGCCUGCAGUCCCCCGGCAGCCUGCAGCCGUCGGAGUUCCUCUACUCCCACGGUGUGCCGAGGACCCUGUCCCCACACCAGUACCACUCUGUGCACGGGGUCGGCAUGGUGCCGGAGUGGAGCGAGAAUAGCUAAGGGCGGCCCGCGUCCUCACAGAUGUUUGCUAGAGAGAGAGAAGGAGAGAGGGAGAGAGAGAGGGAGAGCGUGCGGGAGAGAGGAGAGAGGCAGCAGCAGAGAAACCCCACGGACAAGACUCUCCAUUGUACCCCAUGUUCACGCCUGCACUCGAGACCCCCCCAGACACUGAUCUAAUCAGUAUCCCCGAAACCACAGUUCAAAAAGUGUGACUUUGUUGUUUCAUCUCAAAACUUCAAAACCAAACA